AUGGACGAAAUCGCGCUAUUGCAAAAGUUAUUUUUGAGUUGGGUGAUUGGGAUUUGGGCAGCAGUGAUUAUUGGGAUGAGUGCCAUUCCUGUAUUAGCAGAAGAUGUUUCAGUUAAAUUAAGUUAUGAAAAUGAUGCAAGUGAGGCUAGCCUAACUGGCUUACGUAAAAUUGAGGAUGGGUCUGUGGGAAAACUGGAGGAAGCUGAAUGCUUCUUUUUAUCCGCGUUACAAGAAGCUAAAGAAGGGUUUGGUGAAAAGGAUCCUCAUAUUGCAUCUGCAUACAACAAUCUGAAUGUACACGAAAUGAACCUUUAUAAUCAAGACAUUGGCAUGUUUGAGAUGCCAUGUUGUGAGGAAUCGGUGCAAGAGAAUUUGUCCCAGAAACCAUAUCCAGUGAUAACACCAUUCUCAUUGAGGAAAGGAGAAUUGAUCUCUUGGGAAUACAAAAUCCAGGCAGAGUUGUAUAGAGUUAAAAAGGCGUUUGAUAAAGCGGAACCAUUAUAUUUGGAGGCCAUUAAUAUACUUGAGGAGUCAUUUGGAUUGGAUGACAUACGUGUUGGGGCUGCCCUUCACAACCUAGGUCAAUUCUAUCUUGUACAGCGGAAAUUGGAAGAAGCUCGUAAUUGCUAUCAGAUUUCGUUUACGUAUGUUAAAGUAAAGGCAAGAUCAGGUGUAUGUGAUUCCUCCAUUAUGGAAAUAAAUGUGUUAUAUCUUCAGGGAAAAGAGAAGGAUUCUGAAGCCCUCAUUCAGGAUUCUAUUUGGAUACUUGAGCAAGGUGGGCUUGGAGAAUCUAUGAUAUGCAUUCGGAGACUGCGGUAUCUUGCUCAGAUUUAUGUAAAGUCCAAUCGACCUGCAGAUGCUGAGAAUGUACAGAGAAAGAUUCUGCGUAUGAUGGAAUUAUCAAAGGGAUGGAAUUCAUUGGACACUGUAAUUGCAGCUGAGGGCCUUGCCCUGACCCUUCAGUCGGUGGGGAGCUUGAGGGAAGCACAAGAGCUCCUAGAAAGAUGCCUUGAUGCCCGAGAAACCUUACUUCCGAAAGACCAUAUCCAGAUUGCUGCUAACAUGCUACACAUUGCCAGAGUGGAAAUGCUCAUUUCCAGUCAACAGAGGAAGACAAAUAUUGCUAGAGCGAUUGUUCAUCUUGACAAGUCAAAAGAUCUGUUAGACAAUGCGAUAAGGAUAGCUCAACAGGUUUUGGAUAAAAUGACACAGCAAAAAGGGAAUCAGCAAUCCAUUGGGGUAUCCAGAGAGAUGAGAAAGGCUGGGUAUACAGCUUUAGUUAUACUGGGGAGCUUCUUUGGGUCCUGUUCUGGACCCAACCAAGCACUCAAGCACCAGAUUGUGUGCACUAAAAUGCAGCUUUUUAAGGAUUCCAAGCAUUUUCUCCAUGACAGGAUAGCUCAACAGGUUUUGGAUAAAAUGACACAGCAAAAAGGGAAUCAGCAAUCCAUUGGGGUAUCCAGAGAGAUGAGAAAAGCUGGGCAUACAGCUUUAGUUAUACUGCAUUUUCUCCAUGACAGGAUAGCUCAACAGGUUUUGGAUAAAAUGACACAGCAAAAAGGGAAUCAGCAAUCCAUUGGGGUAUCCAGAGAGAUGAGAAAAGCUGGGCAUACAGCUUUAGUUAUACUGCUGCAAUCACUUAAUGCUCUUGGGCAAUUGGAAAUCAGUAAGGCGGAACUGCAGGAUUCAAAGAAGAGCUCUGGCCACCCAUUUGAAAUGGAAGAAAUUGAUUUCUAUUCUGUGAAGAGCUCUGGCCACCCAUUUGAAAUGGAAGAAAUUGAUUUCUAUUCUGUGGAGAAAAAUACACCAGUUCUUGACCCUGAGGAAGCUUUUCAUCAGUGCAUUUUGGCUUUCAAAGAGUUUGCAAGUGAGAGAUCAUUGUCCGAUUCUCCUGAAGUGAAGUUUGAAUAUCUAUCGUGUCUGAAGCAUCUUUCUAGUCUGAUGAGUACCAAGGGGAUGGAUCAAGGUAGAAGUGGCACUUUGCAAAUGUUGAAAGAUGAAAUCAAGCGUGUUGAACUCGAACUCUCACCUGAUAAAAUGCGUAAAAAUUGA